UUCAAGGGAUGUCGGAAAGAGGGAGAGAGAAAAGAGAAAGAGCCUCUCAAUUACAACAAUGAAUUUAAAUAUAAACGCGACGCAGUGUUCAUAAAUAUUUAGCUGCAGUCUUUAUAUUGUUUUGGGUUUCCAAAACGCUUGCUUUUUAUAUUCAGGCAAGCCUUAAUACUAAGCACAAUGGACUUCGAGUUCAAGAUGAAGACCGGGUCGGAGAGAGCCAGAGUCGAAGAUGAGUUCGAGUAUGAAGGCUGCAAAGUUGGAAGAGGGACGUAUGGCCAUGUAUACAAAGCGAAAAGAAAGGACGGAGAACAUCGACAUGACUAUGCACUGAAACUUAUUGAAGGCACAGGGAUAUCAAUGUCAGCCUGCAGAGAAAUAGCUCUGCUGCGAGAACUGAAGCACCCCAAUGUAAUUAGUCUCCAGAAAGUCUUCCUGUCACACUCAGAUCGAAAAGUCUGGCUACUGUUUGACUUUUCAGAACACGAUUUAUGGCAUAUUAUCAAGUACCACAGAUCUGCCAAAGCGAACAAGAAGCCUAUCAAUACACCCAAGAACAUGGUCAAGUCGUUACUACAUCAAAUUCUUGCCGGCAUUCACUACCUCCACAGCAACUGGGUUUUACAUCGAGAUCUCAAACCUGCCAACAUCCUGGUGAUGGGAGAAGGACCAGAGAGAGGAAGAGUGAAAAUAGCUGACAUGGGUUUUGCUCGUCUCUUCAACGCUCCACUCAAACCUUUGGCGGAUCUUGAUCCAGUUGUGGUGACCUUUUGGUACAGGGCUCCAGAGCUGCUCUUGGCAGCAAGGCAUUAUACCAAAGCUAUUGAUAUUUGGGCUAUCGGCUGUAUAUUUGCGGAGUUGUUAACGUCCGAGCCAAUUUUUCACUGUCGGCAAGAAGACAUCAAGACUAGCAACCCUUACCAUCAUGACCAGCUGGACAGAAUCUUCAACGUGAUGGGCUUCCCACAAGACAAAGACUGGGAAGAAAUCCGCAAAAUGCCAGAACACCCGCAACUGAUGAGGGAUUUCAAGAGGUCAAGUUAUGUGAACUGUAACCUGAUGAAGUACAUGGAGAAGCACAAGGUCAAGGCGGACAGCAAAGCAUUCCAUCUGCUACAAAAACUUUUAACAAUGGACCCAACAAAAAGAAUCACGUCUGAACAAGCUAUGAAAGAUGCCUACUUUGCAGAGGAGCCCACACCUUGCUCAGAUGUUUUUGAAGGCAUGCCCAUUCCAUAUCCCAAACGAGAAUUCAUAUCGGACGACGACAACGAUGACAAGUCGGACACAAACAAACGUCGGUGUAUUCCCCAGCAACAGGCGGCCGUCGGGGCCGGCGCCGGAGCAGGAAAUAACCAGAGCUCGGACCACAACCAGCCCCCCGCCAAGCGACCGCGCAUCGCCACCACCACCAGCAGCAACUCAAUGGUCUCUGGUGACUUUCAGCACGUGCACACUAUGCAAGGCGGCGCGGGGAACCAGCAACAGGGCAUGAGCUACACGUCGGGCGGGAACACACAGCAGACUUCCUCUUCCUCCACCUACGGACCACGGUUGAUAUAACGUGGCGCGUCGUGUGUGCGUGCUACAGGGUUAAAAGUAUUGGCAGACCUUGGCAGGGUCAAGAAGAA